AUGGAACCUCCACCCAGAUUGUAUACUUACAAGGGUUUAUUCACUGAAAGCCGGUCACUGGACUUAACACUAAAAAUAGUGUCUACUUUACUAUCUUUCCUAGUAUUUUUGUUCCUAAUAGCAUGGCGUAUUUCAAGAAAACAUUAUAAUAAUUCUCCGAUAGAUAAGCGUUUAAACUUUCGCAGUUUCGACGAUCUAUGUCAAAACGGAGCAUCGUGCUUGACAUCAUCCUAUACAUAUAGAAGAAAAAAGUCCCCUCUAGUAAGAGGUUAUUUUGACAAGCAAGAGGUUCUUUUUGUUGAAGAUCGGGAAUUAAUAUCUCUUUGUAACCAGUUUCCUUUGUUGGAUCUUCACUUUUCUUUAGCCCCAAAAUCAUUCAGACGAAAAUGGUGCGGUUUAAUGAUUGCUGAUGGUACUUUACAAUUUAGAUCUGAAUUGAACGAAUUAAUGUUAUUGGCGUUUAAUAGUUUACCAAUUAAAAUAUUUGAACGUAUCGGACAUUUAGGAGCUGAUCCUCAAUCACUUGGUUCGAUAUUAAUUAGUAAUAACAACUGUGCAACAUUUGAAAACCGUUUAGAUAUAUGGAUAUGCAGUUUAUAUUCGGAAAUAUUUUUUUUCGGUCCAUUAGAAAUUUUUUGCGAAACUACAUCAGACAAUACAUUUUAUUUUGGUAAAGAACAAUUCAUUUCAGAUCUAAGAGAAUGUAUCAUCUCACUGGAAUCUUUACAUAUACACGGGGAUUGUACAAAAAAAUCUAAUGUAUUUGAAACAAUUUUAAAGCCAUUUCUCAACAACAACACAUCUUCUUAUAAUACGGAUAAGUUAAUAACUAUAUUUCACAGACUCAUAAAUCCUUUAAUUCACUAUUAUUUAGAUAAAUCAUUGAACAAUGAAACAAUCAAAGAAAAUAUUAACAAUUCAACAGAGAAUUUAGAUAGCUUACAAAUAAGCGAACAACCAACAAAUUUAUUACUACAACUUAUUAUUACACAUCAUUAUUUGAAAGAGGAAGGAAGUUCGAAUGAAUUUUUAACAUUAACACAUAUUAUUCAUUUACUUAGUGAAUGUUGUUUAAUAACUAGGUAUAGCAUGAAUAAAACAUUGAAAAUUCUAUUAACAAUUCUAGCUAUUAAACCAACAUGGCAAGAUAAUGUAAAAAAAGAAUGUAAACAAUUUUUAGAAAUGCAAUAUAAUUAUUAUAAAACACAAAAGUUUACAUCACUAUGCAAUCAUCCUCCAUCACAUCUUUGCAUGUCCUUGGAGCAUACAAAGUGUUUGGUUUGGACAAAGGCUUUAGUUCAAGAGACAAUGCGUUUAUGUAUGCCUGGUUGGCCCUUUGGUAGUCUACGCCAAGCCCUACGCGAUGGAAAAAUCCUAGAGCACGACUUUCGUGAAGGAGAACUAGUGUUUCUCGAUGAAUCUUCUUACUACUUGGACCCAGAUCUAUGGACUGCUGAUGAGAUUGAAGAAGGGUCUACAAAAAUCCAACCUCAAAGAGUAUUUGAUCCGAAUCGUUUCAUCAAAAAACUACCCGAUGCCGAAAAUUCGAGAACUGUAGAGUUGAAUUUGCCUGAACAUUGGGUACAAAAUGUUUUUCAAAGAUAUGCUGUAUGUGUACCCCAUCAAUUUAUUUAUUUUAUACUGACAACAGCUUUGGUGCAUCUAUUUGGAACUGCUUGGGAAUCCUACCCAACAGAUGAACAGAUCAAACCUGAUUACAGUGACGAUUUUUUAAUAUGGUCCAAUGAUUUACCUAAAGUUGAUCUUCGAAUUAAUUUUCCUUAA